AGGGCAUCUUAGGUGUUUGAUAUAUAGACGUGAAGUAUAUACUUAACUUGCUACCUGGGGAAGUAGAAACCUGCGACGGGUCACGGCAUAUCUCAUACUAAUCUAAGCUGCACUGGCGACUACCUUACGUUUAGAUUAGACUUUGCAGGGUCUUAGAUCUUGAACUAGCGGGUUAGUCUCCUUUCAUUCAUCAGCGACCCUUCGACAACCCUUCUUCCUCUCAAACUCUCUAAAUUCUAUUACCUAGUAGGUACCAAGGCUUGUCAUACCGCCUUCGAGAUCCCUAACUUUAAAAAAGAAUUAUUGACUGACUGACCACCUUCUUUUUCAUUAGCGAUUCUGCCGAUACUCGAGGUCUCUUCCCCCCCUUCUACGAUCUUUCUCUUUCGUCGACUCGGUAGUCUUCCCAAUUCGUCUACUUUACAUACUCUAGAUAUAGAGGAGACGGGAUAAGACCCCUCAGUCGCCAUGGCUGGCCCCGCCUCUCCCAACGAAGGCCCUACGUUCGAACCGCCACAACUCCCACCUGGAUGGAUUGCGCAGUGGGAUGGCACAAGUAAGAAGUAUUACUACGUUCAGCUCUCAACGGGCGUGUCUCAAUGGGAAACCCCGACACAAGCUGCGCCGGGAAACACACCUGCCCAGACAAAUGAACAUCCGUAUGGGAUCCCUGGCCGGCAAGAAGUCAUCACCCAUCCCGAUGGCACACAGACGGUCAAGCAUCCCGACGGUCGGAUGGAGCCCAUUUUACCGACCGAGGAUAAUAGAGGACUUGAUGGACCAUCUGGCGAAAGGGGAUUUGGUAGCUUUGCAGCUAAUUCGUUACUGAGCCAAUUUUCCGGCGGCCAUGGAAAGCCUCAGACGACCAACGGCCACAGCUCUGGUGGUAUUGGCGGCCUUGCUGGUCAAUUGAUUGGUGGUCUCGGUGGAAGUCACGGCAGCAGUGGCCACGGAGGUUCGUCCAGUACGCAUGGCGGAGGUACUGGCCAACUUGUUGGCCAACUUGCCUCAAACCUAUUCGCUUCUGGUCAUAAGCCCCAGCAACCUCAGAAUUACCAUGGCGGGCAACCCAGCCAAGCUCCACAUUCAUCAGGCCUAGCUGGUUCUGUGAUGGGAGGAGUUGCGAAUAUGUUCGGAGGGAGUCAUGGAAGCCAACCAAAUUACGGCUAUACAAAUGCAGGCCAGACAAGCGGAUAUAGUGGUCAUGCUCCUCCGACAUCCUACCAACCGCCCAAUGCUUCGACGCCAUCCUACAGCUCUCCGCCUCAUCAGCAAGGUUCACCCUCUUAUAAUACAUCCUCUACUCAACACGUGACACCGCAGUACCCUCCUCCGCCCGGCCAGCAUCACCACAAUCCACCAUACAGUAGCGGUCCGCCUUCGGGACAGCACUCUAGCUAUGGACAUAGCCCAGGUCCUCAAGGACACGCCUAUUCACAACAAACACAAUAUGCAUCACCGCCGCCGAAUCAGCCUCAAUACAGCGGUCAACAAUAUCCACCGCCCCCCUCUACGUUUAGUAACCCACAAUACAGUAUGCCACCACCAUCAUCGGCUCCUCACGGAUACUCUGUGCAACCUGCCUACGCUGCUGGGCCACCGGUUCCUUCGGCGACGCACCCUCACCACGGUCAGUCAGGGGGUUACCCCGGCAAUUGGUAGCAGGUCAACCUUAUGAUAUGCCAGCGUCAUUGGCAGACGUUCAAGCAGACGUAUUAUAGACCGCGGAGUUCAUGUUCUUUCAUUUUCUAGCAUUCAACAAUAUUCGCUUUUGCUGAGACAAUCGACUUGGGCAAUGUCUCAAUGGUUUUAAAGCAUAGAUUGAGUU